AUGUACGAUUAUCUCGCCAUGGUAGGCGAGUUUAUAGGCACCUUCUUGUUCUUGUGGUUGGCGUUUACGGGAGACAAAUUAUCCUACGCCAAUGUUCCAGAUAACACUACCAUCCUCUUCAUAGCCUUAUCCUUUGGGAUGGCGCUCACCGUGACUUGCUGGUGUUUUUUCCGCGUCACUGGGGCAGCUUUCAACCCUGCAGUCACCCUCUCGCUCUGGUUCAUUGGCGGGAUUACGACCUUUCGCGCCAUUCUCGUUUUCUUUGCCCAAAUGAUUGGGGGCAUUGCAGCAGCGGCUAUCUCGAAGGGGCUGACGGUCCAGCGUGGCCCUAUCGGAUUCUCCGUCGUCAACAAAACGGCCAACGGAGUGAGCAACGGGCAAGCCCUUGGUAUCGAGAUGUUCACUACCUCUGUACUCGUGUUUUCUGUAUUAAUGCUGGCGGCCGAAAAGCAUCGAAGUACCUUUCUUGCUCCGGUGUGCAUUGGAUUGGCUCUGUUCAUAGGACAUCUUGCGAGUAUUGGGUGGACAGGAGCCGGUAUGAACCCAGCGAGAUCGUUUGGUCCAUCCGUUGUCAAUGGGGAUUUCCCUAGCAACGCGUGGGUCUACUACCUUGGACAACUCUUGGGGGCUUUCCUCGCUACACUUAUCUGUGCGUCAUGA